AUGGAAAUGAGCACAAAUAACGACACAUCACAGCACUCUGACAGUGCAGCGCUUCAGCACUCCGUCAAAGAUGAACUGGCGGACAAUGAGGACUUCCUUUGGGAUGGAGUUCACGAUGAGUCCACAUACAAGCCGCGCCCGCAGCUGCCGAAGUCAUUUGUCGGCAUGCGAACUCUAGCGCAUCUCAUGAGCGAUCUUGAGAACGGAAUCAUUGAUGUCGACCCAGAAUAUCAGCGCGAUAUUGUGUGGGCAGAAAACUACUACAUACCACCUAUCAUACUGGACAAGAAGAAACAAACUAGUCAAGAUGGCGGUAAACCACAGGUCACGCUCGUCUGCGUGGAUGGAAAGCAGCGGCUUUCAUCAGUUCAGGCAUUUAUCAAAGGCAUGAUACCAUGUCACGAUCACCGCGGGGAGAAGUGGUGGUUCUGCGACACUCCCGGUAGUCGACGUAAAAAGAUUCUCUGCGAAGAGACUCGGGAGCUGUUUCUAUCAAAAGAAUUUGUCUGUUUUGAGUUCACAGACCUAUCAUCUGAACAAGAGGAAGACCUCUUCGCAAGAGUUCAAAUGGGCGUUCAAUUGACGCUAGCAGAGAAAAUGCGGGCAUCAACCGGUCCGUGGCAAGAGUUGGCAAGACUCUUUGUAGACGACUUCUCUGUCAUCUACUCGUUGAUGAGGGACCGAGCACGCGCAAAAGACUUUCAGCUCACGUUGUCCUGCUUCAGUCAAAUUGUCGAGGUCAUGCAUCCAACUGCGGCUAACGGAAUUCCGGUCUUGAAGACAAACUACGCCGCUCUACCUAAACUACUGGGCAACAAGAGUGCCGUUGAUGAUGGCAUAAAGUCACACCUCGCAAACGUCUGGAAUACCUUGAAGGAUCUUAUCGAACUAGAUCCUGAUACCUUCACUAACGCCGACAAGUAUUUGUGGGGUGUAAAAACUUUUGCUCCUGUCGAGAUGGUAGCUGUAACUGUCCUUAUAUCGCAGUAUUCGGAAACGCAAAAUCAUCAACUACUGCUUAAAAACAUUAAAGACCUGAGAGUUGCUCUACGAGGGCAAUUUGUAGACCUACGCUUGAAUUCGACGGUGUGGAAGUUCGUUUGGGAUUUCAUCGAGGGUUUAGACGUUGUACAGGGUGCUUUGGAUGGGAGCACAUCAAGCCGUAAUCCUUCAGAACAGCCUGCUUCAGCUAGUGCAGCAACACCGUCGGGACAAAAGGGAAGGCCAUCAGGCAGCACAAAUCCGCGAAUUAUCCUGCCACCUCAGAAACUCGUCACUAUGAAACAAGAGGAGGCGAAAUCCACGGCCUCGUCCGACUUCCGCUCGCCAAAGCGGCGGCGGACUGAUUCUAGUCUAGAAGACGGUAUGUCUCCAGCUAUAAAACAUUCCAAUGGUACAGCGGCGAGCCCUCUUUCCAUGGACAGACACACUGCCUCAUGGGCUCCCCAAUCUAUUGAGAAUUCUCAUACCAGGCCAUCAUUUACUUCCACGCCUCUAUACAAUGCACCACUACCAACGAUUCUACAGCACCCGUCAAUAACACCGGAAGAGUCAACAUCAAUGGAAACGACACACGCUUCCGCAGCUCUAUCACUACGGUGCACGAAAACACCUACUCAGCUACAUCAAGCAGGUUCAAUACAAACAGCAUCGACACCCACAGGUACCCCCGCAAGCCAGGAGGUUUCUGGCAUAUCUGCUAGAAGACAAUCGCCAAGCAUGUAUACUCCAGCACAAAUGUCUCUACCCACGCCCGCCCAAGUACGACAAACCCGAGUCUCAGAGCUUAACAACUAUCGAGCCCCAAAUGCCCCGAUGGGCUUAUCAACUCCCGUUGUUCCCAUGUCUCAACUCGCACCAGCCUCGCCGAUGCGUCUGAAUGGCACACCAACCCUAGCUCCGUUAAAUACCAAUAUGUCUCAGAUACGGCAGCCAAGCAAUAGCAAGUCGACUUUGCGAACGGGCAUUGGUGCCUUCGCUCCAUCUCACACCGAGAGGCAAUGGGAAGGCGUGUUAAAGUCAGCAUCUCCACCAACUCCACAACAGAUUUUAUCAUCUGCAGUAAUACCUUCACCAAGUUCAUCAGUUCCUGAACUAGCUUCGAGCACGCCUCUCAGUCAGCCGCGACCAAAUCGCAGGUCGCGUCGCAGCGGCCCACGCCCAACGCCUGCUCAGUAUAGCGGGGCAAUCGACCUAACCAUUGACAGUGAUGCGGAACUCGAGCAAGAGCGCCAGGACAUCCUCUCGUCAUUCAAGGGGAAAUCUGCCACAGGCACGCAACCUGAAGGCUCUAGUGCGACUGCCUCUGCACCAAUGCAGCGAUUUCCUGUAGCUGGACAACAUACAGAAGCAGAGGAUCUUCCCAAAAGGCGGAACCCUUAUGCAAAGUUCAAGGAGAACUAG